CACCAAAAUUCCAAGACUCAUGAUGGAUCUCUUGGGCCUUCUCCGGAACAGCCUGCUUGUCGCAUGGAUACUUGUCACACCCCAUUGGAGUCUUGUCCGCGCCGAGGGCUUCACCUUCCCAAACGAUGGGAACGAUCGAUUCAUUGUUGGGGACCUAGUCAAUGUCACCUGGGACAUCGUCUCAGCGCGCGUGUCGCUCUACGAGAUGUGCGCAACAGCCGUGCUGCUAGAAUCCAACGUCUCCAACACCGAAAGCUACAUCUGGAACGCGACCCGAGCCAACUAUCGCGAAUCAGGCUGCGCAUUUGAGCUCGUCCCGCUGACCGCCGAUGGCUCCCCGAACCCACCCAACCUCACCAGUGUUCUCUUCGGCGUCAACAAGCGCUACAGCAACGACCCGUCUCCCACGUCGUACAACUUCGGUGGCACGACCUUUCCUACCACUACUCUUUCCCCACCAGCGACGAGCACUUCCGCGUCCACACUCGCCACGACCGCCAACCCGUACACCGGAACCGCAGAGCCAGCCUCCGCAACAGCGACAUCAACCUCAUCCACCGCAAACGAGCCCACCGCCCUCGCAAAGGGUGGUCUCACCGUCGCCCAGAAAGUUGGAAUCGGGCUUGGGGUCCCGCUGGGCGUCUUGGCUCUCUCGCUGGUCGGGGCGUUGGUCUUCAUGUACCGUCGGCGUCGCUUGCGACAAGGACGCGUGGUGGAGCAGGAGCAGCCGCCGCCGCCGCCGCCGCAGGAUUACUAUGCUGCUGUUCCGUCGAUGGCGCCGAUGGCCGAGCCGCCGAAGGACCCUUUCAAUGCGGCGCGGAUGUCGAGGGCUGAGACGCUGAUUGCUGAGCUUCCGGCGGCGGAUAUGGAGGUGGAGUCUGAGACGAGGUCCGGCCAGAGGCCUGUCAGUGAGCUCAUGGGGACGCCGAGGAAUGAGUUGACUUGACCGGCGGUGGUUGUGGGAGAUGAAUGGAGGUGUAAGGGGUAUUUGGGAGGUGUUGGGCACGGUCCCAAUACGUAGAAGAGAAUGAUGAUGAAUGCUUAUGAGGUACGUUUUAUUUCGGGGCUGGCGACAUCGCUCAUACACAAC